UGCACGGUGUAAUUGUUGUUUAUAACUGCUAAUUCUGCACAUUUAUUUAUAAAUUAAAAUGAUCAAGAGUACUGUUAACCUCGUACAUACUACAUUCGUAGCUAAGGAGCAUGCAGAUGAUAUUUUCAGUAGCCGUACCACUCCUUCUGGUAGGACUUAUUCUACCAAGCCCAGCAACCUGCACCAAAGUACCUGACAGUUCUACCACUGGUUUAAAGUUCGGUGAAACAGCUAACGAUUAUGUGGUCUUUAAACCCGCUAUGGAGCCCCUACAAGAAUCGUUCUCCAUCUGUGGAUGGGUAAAGAAGUUGCGUUCUUCAACAGGCAAAUAUUGGUUUGCAUACGGCUCAUCAGCCAGUCCUCAUCAGGACAUAUUGAUAGAAGAUACAGGAUACACCUUUAUCUUCAACGCAGGAUUGGACAUGAGGAGUAAAAUAACUGCACCUCUAGGGGAAUGGAGACAUCUCUGUGUUUCGUGGUCCCUGUCUUCUAGGGCAUUCAGGUUCUACUACGAGGGUGAAUUAAUAGGCACUAAAGAAACCGCAUCGGGCAAAAAACUACCAAUUGAUGGCUACAUGGUCCUUGGAAACGAAUUUGAUAGUUUUGGAGGAGGCUUUGCUGAUAUUAAUGCAUUCGGAGGAGAAAUGUUUAAAAUAAAUGUGUUCAGCAAAGAACUGACGGGAGUGGAGAUAAAAGAAAUGAAGGACGGAGGAAUCUGCUCCGAAGUUGAAUUGACAUAUGGCCGAACAAGGUAUUUGAAAUGGAGUGACUUCCUCCUUGAGGAGAGAUCCGGAAACGUUACAGAGAUAGAUGUCGGGUGUGAUAAUGAGUUGAGCAGAUGGGAUAUUCUAUUCACAAGUCCCUUUCUGAACAAACCGCUGACGCAGGAUAUGGUAGACAGUCUCCGCUCUGGAUGGGAUAUCUUAGAGGACUUCGUCGGGGCUACAGUUACGGAACGAUUUAUUCGACAUUUCAAAUUCUAUCACGAGGAGGAACAUGAGCAAUGAGUUGAGCUAUGAGUUGAAUAUGAUACCAGGAACAAUAAUUAGUUAAUUUAAAUGCAUCUUUAAGCCAACAAAUUUUUGAAACACGGUGAAUCAAAAAGAGAUGGGUUUCAUUUUGUAUAUAUAUUUAAAAAUAUUUUAGUUGACUAUUAGCAUCAUUAAUUACAAAAGUCAAGCGAUUGUCUUUCUAUUU